AUGCCAAGUCACCGACCGACGCCUGACAAAGCCGCUCUCACUCUGAUAAGGAUAGGAAUAGCCCGGAAACCAUUUUCAAUGGACUCACAAUCUCGAGCGGACCAAACUUGCGCCGCAUGCAAGAAAUUAAAGCGUAAAUGCGACAAAUUACUGCCACAAUGUGCUCUAUGCCAACGCACUGGCCGAAAUUGCGAGUAUACAACUCUAAGCCCCACGCCCACCGCUGGCGACCUAAGUUUUCUACGCGAGCGCCUUGCGGAUCUAGAGCAAAGGCUCGCAACCGCGCCUCUGACUACUCAGCAGGCCGCAACUUCCUCCUCCGGUCCCACCGUUUCUCGUAACGAUGGGGGUGGAGACCAAGGCAGUGGUAUGAGGGAGUUUCCUACCGCUCUAUUUCUUGACAUAGAUUGCUACAAAUGGACUCGGAUGCAGAUGCCCCUUCCCUCAGCCGAGAUUCCUGAGGACGUCCUCUCCUUACUUACGCAGGAUAAUAUCAUUGUAGAGACUUCGGAAGAGUACUUCAAUACUAUCCAUACCUGGAUGCCAGUCAUAUCCAAAAAGCGCUUGAAUCUUGGGAUCGCUGUCCACCACCGCGGUCCCGAUAGUGCAAUGUUAUUUUUGGCUAUGCGAUUGAUAACAUCACCACCUGGUAUUGACAACGCCAGUCAUCUGUACAAACUAUCCAAAAGCUUUCUGGCAAACCUAGAAGCCGAUGGCUGUGCUUCAUAUCUGUAUCUUCAAGCACUAUUACUGGUUGCGCUAUACGAGUACAGCCAUGCGAUAUAUCCGGCUGCAUGGAUGACUGUGGGAGCUUGUGCUCGCUAUGUUGAAUUACUCGGUCUGUCUUGCUCUAUGGCGAGGGGAAUGGAGCUUACACCAACGACAACGUGGACCGAGGUGGAAGAAAGAAGAAGGCUGUGGUGGGGAGUCUUCAUCUUAGAUCGUGUUGUAUCCAUUGGUAAUCGGAAGAACUUUUGCUUAUCAGGGCCACCAGAAGAUGGAUUGUUCCCGGUAGACGACGUUGCGUGGAAUGAGAAGGAUCACGGCGAUGUCUCACGAGCCCAACCACGAGCAAUCUCUUCGAAUGAUGACAGAAAUUAUCCCCCAUUUGCACAGCUGUGUCAAGCUGCUUUACUGGUGGAGUCCGCAAUUAGAACUACGUGGUCUGUUGAGAUGGAUCGUUCUGCAGUCUCUAAUUGCCCUGCUCUCAUGGACCAGAUAUACAGGUUUAUGUCUGUUGUCGACGCUGAGGGUACGAGGAACGGCCAACUUGAUUUCUCCUGGUUUGGACCUCGAGCUAUUUGUCGGUCAGCCAUUUUCGUUGUUCUUGAUCUCUUUACGUGCCCCGAGAAACGGAGUAGUCAGCCAGGAUAUGUCAUGGAGCCAGGAGCCAAGAAUGCGGAGGAGAUAAGUUUGCAACAUCGUGCAAUGAGGCUGACGAAGGAGCUCGCUGAUCAGAUUCACUCAUUGGUUCUGAUGCUUGCGCCUUUUCUGGAUAACGACGAGGCUUCGGGCAACCAUUACUCGCAGAUAAGCCCACAGCUACUUGAUGUAGUAUACUGGGCUUUAGCAACAUAUUACUGGUUUGCGGCAGAAGAAGGUGACGGCGUGUAUAGAUACCGGAUCACUAACUUACGCCAAUUUCUGGAGAAAAUAGGCACACGCUGGAGGUUAGGUCACGAGUAUCUUCUUCUUGCGAGAUACCAUGACAGCAGCAUGCGACCAGACUUCCUCAGCUACAUGACAUAG